GGGUUUACAACCACAAAAAGGAAACUAGGUUUAACUUGUUUUGUAUCCUUAUGUUUCUCUCCUUAUCCUAUAUAAUAAAGAGCUAAUAUUCAAAUGGUCUUCACGCCCUCAUGCCAUCAGCCUUUGAUGCCUUCACGCUGUUGCAAUCCAUCACCAGGAGGUUGCAUGCGUGUGGAGCCGUGGAGGCGGAUCCUGAUGUCGCGGCAAGGGAUUGUUGAACUUCAGGGAUGUGGCCAUACAUUUCUCUCAGGAGGAGUGGGAAUGCCUGGACCCAGCUCAGCGGAAAUUGUACCUGGAGGUGAUGGUGGAGAACUGCAGCAACCUGGCCUCCCUGGGUAUGUCAUCAGAAGAUGAUCAGGCCUUUAUUCCAAAGCCUGGAAUAGAAGAUUUAUUCUCUGAAAUAAUACUGAGUACAUAUAAUGGAGAGAGCAGUUAUCAAUGGAUUGAACAUUGGAAAAAUUUUAAGCAAGAGUCAUAUCUUAAUCAUCAGUGGAGAAGGGCACUUGCAGAGGACCAUUAUAAAAGUGGAAAAGUCAUUGACCAAAUGUCCAAUCACAAUGUACAUCAGGUUAUUCCUAUUGUGGAGAAGACACACAUAGGAAGUAAAUGUGUCCAGUCUUUUCAGCAGUAUUCAAAUUACACUGAAGAAGAGAAUAUUCAUACCACGGAGGAGGCUGACAACUGGAAUCCUUGUGGUAGAAUGUCCAGUCAAAUAUUCAAUCUAAAUAAAAUGGAAAAAAUCCAUAAUGGAGAAAAACCUUAUAAAUGUAAGGAUUCUGGUAAAAUAUCUAAUUGGUCUUCAGGUUGUAUUCUAAAUCAGAAAAUUCAUACUGGAGAGAAGCCUUAUAAAUGUGGACAAUGUGGCAGAGCCUAUAGAUGGUCCUCACACCUUACUAGGCAUCAGAGAUUUCAUACCGGAGAGAGGCCUUAUAAAUGUGUAGAAUGUGGCCAAGUCUUUAGAUGGUCCUCAGAACUUACUCUGCAUAAGAGAGUUCAUACUGGAGAGAAGCCUUAUAAAGGCAGAGAAUGGGGCAAAGCCUUUACAAGAUCCUCACACCUUACUAUGCAUCAGAGAGUUCCUACUGGAGAGAAGCCUUUUAAAUGUGCAGAAUGUGGCAAAGCCUAUAGAUGGUCCUCACAGCUUACUACGCAUCAGAGAGUUCAUACUGGAAAGAAGCCUUAUAAAUGUGUAGAAUGUGGCAAAGUCUUUAGAAGGUCCUCAGAACUUACUCUGCAUAAGAGAGUUCAUACUGGAGAGAAGCCUUAUAAAUGUAGAGAAUGUGGCAAAGCCUUUACAAGGUCUUCACACCUUACUAGGCAUCAGAGAGUUCAUACUGGAGAGGAGCCUCAAAAAUGUGGAGAGUGUGGCAAAGCCUAUAGAUCGUACUCACACCUCACUACUCAUCAGAGAGUUCAUACUGGUGAGAAGCCUUAUAAGUGUGGAGAAUGUGGCAAAGCCUAUAGAUGGUACUCACACCUCACUACACAUCAGAGAGUUCAUACGGGAGAGAAGCCUUAUAAAUGUGGAGAAUGUGGCAAAGUCUUUAGAAGGUCCUCAGAACUUACUGCACAUAAAAGAGUUCAUACUGGAGAGAAGCCUUAUAAAUGCAGAGAAUGUGCCAAAGCCUUUACAACGUCCUCACACCGUACUAGGCAUCAAAGAGUUCAUACUGGAGAGAAGCCUUAUAAAUGUGGAGAAUGUGGCAAAGCCUUUAGAAUACCCUCAGAACUUACUACGCAUCAGAAAGUUCAUACUGGAGAGAAGCUUUAUAAAUGUUGAGAAUAUGGCAAAGUCUAGAUGCUCCCCAGAAUUUAGUCCGCAUAACAGAGUUCAUACUGGAGAGAACCUGAGG